AAUUCGGUUCGUUCCGUUUGUGCUGUUUCCGUUUUGUUUCUAAACAGUAAACUGUUUCCGUAAUGAAUACGCCCCAUAUACUAUUAUCGCGGAAAUUCAAUUUAACCAUUAUAUUUAAAAAGUAGCUUGGUAAGACUGCAAAUAUACGUUUUUAUUUAACCAGUAAUCAGAGGGUGGCGCAGCACUGUAUUUUAUAUGUAUUUUCAUAAUAUUAACUGAUGGAGGAGAACGUUUUCGUAUUGAUUACUUCCGGGGCACCUCUGUGUUUCCAGAAGUUCACAAACCUCUCAGGUUCUGAGUUCCCCAGCACGAUAGAGUCAACAUUUGAAUAAUUUGGUUGCAAACCGUGAUUGAAGUGCUCCAUUCCAUUACUUCCCUGUUUCUGACUGACUCAAUCGUAAUGACAGAACCACACAGCCCUAUCUCUGCCUCCGUCCCCCAGACAACCCCAGGCAUCAUCAUGCCCCCGGCCGACGGCAGUGGCACAGCGGUGGAGAUGGACCCUGUGGAGUACACCCUCCGCAAGCGUCUCCCCAGGAAGCUGCCCAAGCGCCGCAAUGACGUGUACGUCAACAUGAAGACAGACUUCCGGGCCCAGCUGGCCCGCUGCCAGAAGCUGCUGGAGGGAGGAGGCCACAGGGAGAUCUGCGUCCAUGGUCUGGGCCUGGCCAUCAAUAGGGCCAUCAACAUCGCCCUGCAGCUCCAGGCCAGCAGCCAGGGGGCGCUACAGCUGGCGGCCAACACGUCUACAGUGGAGCUGGUGGACGAUCUGGAGCCUGAGGACCCGGACGAGGCGGGGGAACCCAUGACACGCACUCGGAAUAAUUCGGCUAUUCAUAUCAAAGUGUUCUACCCAGACCCACAGUGACCCGAAACGCAUCACCAUCAGUCCUAGCUCGGAUAUGGCUAGCUACCUCCAUUGUCAUGGUGUCUGUAAUAUAGUAAUGGAGGCUAGUCAUACAGGGGGUAUCUCACCUGGUUAAUCCCGCCGGAUAUCCUAACCCUCUGCGGUGGCUGUUAUCCAGAUGUGGGGAAUAAUGAGAAGUGUCUAUGAACUGAGCUGAUUUCAGAGCUUUUGGAAGCUCUUUCUCAGCUUUGUCAUUUUGUUAUGCAUGUCAGUCAGAGAAGUGUAUUUGUUAGUAUCCAGAUGUGAUGUUUCAUGCCAUCAUUUCCAAUCCCUCACUGCCUGAAAAAAAGAACUCCCAUAGGAAAUGGGACAGACCACACUAAGGAUGCAUUUACACAGGCAGCCCAAUUCUGAUAUGUUUUCCACUAAUGGGUCUUUUGACCAAUCACAUCAGAUCUUUUCACAUGAGCUCUUUUCAGAACUGAUCUUAGUGGGAAAAGAAUAUCAGCGUUGGGCUACCUUUUGUAAACGCAGCCUAACUCAUGCAAGCUACAAUACUCCUGUUCCACAUGGGAAUACAUGCUCUGAAAAGGAUGUGGAUUUAAAGCUUACAUAAAACCUUGUAGAUUUUUUAAAAGUGUAAACACUGAAUAUUAGUUGGCUAUGGGAAUUAAGUAAUAUUUUUUUGUAAUUUGCUGGUCAGAUUUAAGUUUACCAACUAUAUAUGCAAUUAUGCAUUUUACCUACCAAUGCCAAACAUUUGACAUACAAACUCUGUCAAGUCAGUAAAUGUUAGUUUUUUUUACAUCAUACAAAUGUAUGUUUUUAGCUUCAGUAUUUGAAUGUAUAUACAGUAUUUAUUGUACAUGUGUAAUAAAAUAAGAAAAGUA